AAUGAACUACAGCAAAAGGCAACCCUGAAUGAUGCAGGCAUUGCCUGGUGCUCUGCAGCAGACUCAGGACUACUUACCGAUGCCCCCCCCCCCCCCUUCAUUUUUCUUUAAAGGGUUGCAGAAAAGGUACAGCGCAUAGAGCAAAGGUGUUGCAGUAUUAACACCGGGAAGCAGCCUGUUCAGGCUGAAGCUGCAUGGAUCUUGGAUGUAUCAUACAACUCGGUUUGCAAACUCUGGGGUUAUUUGCAUCAGUUGCUCUACCUUAACUGUUCUUAUUGCACACUAAACGGAUCAGAAACCUGUUCAGUAGCACAGUCUUCUUCACUGUGUACGUAAAAGGUGUUGAGAAGCAUAUAGCACAUAUGGCAUAAAAUCCGGUCAGUUUUGUUUUUGCAGCAGUGAAUCUGUGAAUGGGUAUUGACGAACUACGUCCUCGAUUUUAUAUGGAAGGGACAGAUUUAGUUACAUAUGCUUACACAGUUGUGUAGGUCCUAACCUUUUUCUGGACGUCUGGCUCAGCCUUCUUGGCCUCUUACCCUCAAAAACGGCAGGCUGGAAAAACAAUACAGGGAAAGGAGCACAAUACAGAGUAGCACAACCGCAUGAACUAGGGAUGACCACCGCAACUGCUUUCCAAUGGCUUCUUGUCAGCUGGAACUGAGGGACCUCGGUGAUGGUCGGAGAAGCUGCAGGGAAGAGAGCGCUCAAAGAAAAGCUGCAGCAGGUUCUUCAGCACAGUGGACAGCUCCUGCGCCGGGCAUCGAAAAUGCAGCUUUCCAAGAAGAGGAGGGCGAGACUACCUUCGCCACUGCAGAUGGCAAAAUUCCACCUAUUCGGUCAUCGGAUUCUGCAUCAGGUGUGGGGGGAUCCGGAAUCCCGGUUUCACAAGGGCGUCCCAACAGGGAGGACAUCUCCCCCAGAUCCGAAGAUGACCACGAAAUGGAACCUAACGUCCAUUCGGUGGACUAUGGGUUCAUUUUCGCCUUGGUGUUCCUAGUAAGUGGAAUCGUACUGGUAGUUAUUGCCUACACCAUCCCGAGAGAGGCUAAGGUCAACCCCGACUCAGUAACAGCCAGGGAGAUGGAAAGACUGGAGAUGUAUUAUGCUCGCCUUGGUUCUCAUUUAGAUAAAUGCAUCAUUGCUGGCCUUGGGUUACUGACACUAGGUGGAAUGCUUCUUUCUAUGCUGCUGAUGGUGUCCAUUUGCAAAGGUGAGCUAUAUCGCCGGAGGACUUUUACAGUUUCUGGAAGGCCAAGAAAAACAUAUGGCUCUAUAAAUCUGAAGAUGAGGCAAAUAAACGGAGAAGGAGUACAGUCUUUGAUUGAAAGUGACAUCAUUCAAAACGGAGAGGCCUCUAAUACCGGAAGCACCUAGAUGCACACAACGGAGUAUUAUGUAUUUUGAGCUUUUAUUCCGAGUCUUGAUUUUCUGUAACCUGUAUACUGCAGUCAAAAACCAGUAUGGCGAUUCUGCUGUCUAAUGACAAAGACUUCUAUACAAACGCCUCCCACUUUUUUCUAGUAGGGAAAUCUCUUGUUUAUUUGGCUACAGGGACAGCCAGAUAACUUCACUAUAAGUAGCAAAUUAUAGCACACAACGUUUUAGUACGAUAUGGUCCCCAUCAUAGAAAUCCAAACCACCAUACGGCAGCUACCAAGGUGAUAUAGAUUUGAAUUUGCUCCUGUUGUCUGUUGAAGAGUAAUGCAUGAAAUCAGCAGAGUCCAGAUGUCAAAUGUAGAUCACAUUAUAUAAUACGGGCACACACUUCAGUAACACCACCCUGUUCAUUUAUUUGUGCUGUGACUGGUUGUUUCAAACUUAGCUUGAUCUCUGUGGAACUGGAAUUAGCACCACAAAGAAUCCUAAAAGAAAGCGCAAGCUUGGAACCAUCAUUUUCUAGUUUUAUAAUUUAAACCCACAGAGGACUUGGUAUUUUCAUUUUUAGAUUAUUCAAGUUGCCUUAUAACUGGCCUUAACUACCACCACCCACCCACCCCCACUCACACACACACAAAGAGAUUAAAGAGGGCUGUCGUAUUACACUAUUUAAAAAGCUGCCUUUUUAACCCGAGAAACAUUUGUGAAAGCUUUAUCAUCUCGUUUGUCCAUCCAAUAGUGCCAUUAAGACAAUUCAGAAGACGCUCAAACUGGUGCCGUUCAAUCUGUUUGUUGCAAUCUCUGAGCCACAAUUAAGGAUGUGGAGAGCACUGGCACCCUUACAACUAACCCAAAAGGUGUACCCCAUUUAUACAGCAGUGCCAUGCAUGUAAAUAAAGUGAGAACCACUCAGCCCCAGUGUGCUGACAAA